AUCCCUACUAUCGGCAGCCAUUUUUUCACGCUUUCUUGCGAAAAAAUUGUGAAAAUUCAAGUAAAAAGUUGUUAAACUGGCAAGAAAAUAAUUUAUAAAGAUCACAUAUACUGAAAUAGUAUGCGAAUUUGAAUAUUGUGCGUGCGUGUAGUGUGUGAGCAUUGAAAUAAUCAUGGAGACGGUCGUCGCUUUCAAUAAUGAGCUCUCCGGGCUCUAUGAUAGCCGACCGCCCAUAUCGAAGGCUAAAAUGGCCGCCAUCACAAAGUCGGCAAUGCGUGCAAUUAAAUUCUACAAGCAUGUUGUGCAGAGUGUUGAAAAGUUUAUACUCAAAUGCAAGCCGGAGUACAAAGUGCCGGGCCUGUAUGUCAUAGACUCAAUAGUGCGACAAUCGCGUCAUCAAUAUGGCACCGAGAAGGAUGUGUUUGCGCCCCGCUUCCAGCGUAAUCUAACCGAAACGUUUGCAAAUCUGUUUCGUUGCGCGCCCGAGGACAAGAGUCGCAUCAUUCGCGUGCUGAACCUUUGGCAAAAGAACAAUGUGUUCAAAUCGGAAGUAAUACAGCCAAUAUUUGAUUUGGCUGAUCCAAACCAUCCGAUUUACCAUCAAAUGCCACCAAUCGGCGCCGGCAAUCUCAACGCGAGCUCUGGACCAAGUGGCAGCAGCGGCGUUCUAAAUCUCUCGGAUAUUUCCAGUAGCAAUGCUGCCAAUGGUUUGAAUGCCUCGGGAAUGAGCAAUAUGGAUAUGAGUGGUGCUGUCGACGAUAAAAUGGGUGGUGCAAUGCCGGAUCUGUCGAUAAGCCACGAGAAGUGCUCAAGCUCUAGUCGACGUCACAUGGAACAGCAUUAUAUGAAGCGUCAACAACAGCAGCAGCAGCAGCAUCAACAUAAUAUGCCAUCCAGCAAUUCGGCAUCUGGUUCGAAGAGCCGUUUCGAUAGUGGGGGACUAAGCAAGUCGCAUCAUCACAACAAAUAUGGCAAGGGUAGCAGCUCCCAUGAGCUGGACUAUGAUCUGCGUGAGAUAAUCGAUGACGAGGAUGGGGACAUGCUGAUGGGCGACGAUCAUCAUUGUAUGGGCGAUGAUACGCCGCCCGGCUCUUCCAAUUUGCUAGAUAACAAUAAUUUAAAGCAGCUGCUCAACGAUCCCAAUGUCUUACGCCAACUGCAAACGCUGCAAAACUUUCAAAAGUUUAAGCAACAAGAGGAGAAUCAAAAGCAUCGCUACCAGGAGCAGGAUGCCUUGCAGCAGCAUUUGCAGAAUGUUCUCAAGGGCACAGGUGGCUUGCCGCCGGGCGUCGGCAUGGGCAUGAGCCACAAUGAUGUGAUGGACAUGAACAAGGAUGUUGAAUUCAUAUCGGAACAGCAACCGAUUGAGGUUAUCAAUCUGGAUGGUGCCGAUUCCCGUAGUCCGACGCCCGAUCGUGACCGUUACAAGCGCAGUCGACGCAGCAGCCGCAGUAGAUCGCCCCGUAGUCGUGGCGGCGGCGGUGGUGGGGGUGGUGGUGGCAAUGGAAACGAUCGUGAUCGGGGAAGUCGCCGUCGCAGCUCACGUUCGCGCAGCCGUUCGCCACGUUCCAGCCGCAGGCGCGGAUCGCGCGAUCGUGACCGCAUGGAGCGCAGCACGCGCGACAAGGAGCGGGAUCGCGAACAUGAACGUGAGCGACGCAAGAAGGGCCUGCCCGAGAUUAAGAAGGAGCAUCUAAGUGUGUGCAGUACCACGCUGUGGGUGGGUCAUCUCUCCAAGCUGGUGUACCAGGAGGAGCUCUCGGAUACUUUUGGUGAAUAUGGCGAUAUCGUGAGCAUCGAUCAGAUUGUGCCCAGAGGUUGUGCAUUCAUCGUGAUGAAUCGUCGCCAAGACGCACACAAGGCUAUGCAGGCGCUUAAGAAUCACAAGCUUCAAGGUCGUGCCAUUACCAUAUCUUGGGCAGCUGGGAAGGGUGUGAAGAGCAAGGAAUGGAAGGAUUUCUGGGAUCUUGAUCUCGGCGUCACAUAUGUGCCGUGGAACAAGCUGAGCCCCGACACGGACUUCGACAGUCUCGAGGAGGGCGGCAUGUUCGACGAGGACACCAUGCCCAGCUGGAUGAAGCAAAAAAUCAAUCAGGCGAAAAAUGUCAAGGAUGUCAAGCCGACAGCCCUAACCGGAGAAAUGCCCAAUGUGCCGUCUGUGGCGCCGCCAAACUUGCUCUUUGGGAUUGACACCACACAGCCACCGCCAGUGGCUCCGCCACAGCAUGGCGGACCUGGUGCACCUCCGCCCGCGCUGAUGGGUAUGGUGCCUGGCCAGUUCCAGAUGGCGCCUCCAUUGGGCGCACCACCGCCGCAGCGCAUGUUGGGUCCCAUGGGGCCGCUGAACCAUCCGUUGGGCAGCAUGGCUAUGCCUCCGAAUAUGGUGCCCGGCAUGCCGCCGCCAAUGAUGAUGCCGCCUAAUAUGAUGCCACCCGGUUUUCCGACCAUGGGCGGCCCACCUCCACAUCCUAUGGGACUGCCGCCGGGCGCACAGUUUCCCCCGCCGGGAGCAGUGCCGCCGCCCAUGGCCACAAUUCCAGCACCCGCGGGCUCUGGCACUGGCAAUGUGAGCGACGACCAAAUGGACAUCGAAAUGGAGCUUGAGGAUGCACCAUCGCAAUCGGCACCUACGUCCUCACAACAGCAAGCACCUAACUUCAGCCAACCGCCGCCGAUCUUCGCAGGUGGCGCCACACAACCGAACAGUGUGGAUGUGGCCGCAGCGGUUGCUGGAAAUGAUCUGUUCCAAAGGGAUCGCACACGUGGUCCUAGCGGCGCCGGUUCUCGCUGGGGCGGCCGCGACGACAUUGCUGAGGCUUCGGAGCGCUGGAGGAAUGAGAACGGAGGCGGUGGACCGCCGCCGCUAAGCGGAGCCUUCAACGAGGCACGAGCGCGUCUCAAUCUCAAUAGCAUGGAACAUGGUGGAAUGCAACGUCCAGAAUUCUUGGGUGGUUUAGAAUUUGAUAAUCGUCAAGGCGGUGGACCGCGUGGCAUGGGUCCUGGCCCCAGGGGUGGCAAUCAUAAUGGCGGCAAUGGCGGAGGUGACUUCUUCCAGCCCAAUAUGAAUCCCAAUCAGAAUCGGUUCAAUCAGCCAACGAGUCUGAUGCAGAUGCGAAUACCGCCGCCGGUGGCGUUUAAUCAGCGCAUGGGAGGACCGGGUGCAGGCAAUGGAGUGGGUCCCAUGUUUAUGCGUAAUCAAGGUGGCGGUGGACCAGGCGGCAGGCAGCAAGGACCAGGUUUCUUCAAUCCGCGCAAUCCGUUUAACGAUAAUCAACGUGGUCGUGGCGGUGGCGGAGGUGGUGGCGGCAGCGGUGGUAGUGGUGGUGGUCGUGGCAUGGGCGGUGGCGGAGGUCGCGGUGGCCGAUGGAGCGAUGAUGAGGAAGACGGCGGCAACAACUUCAAACGCCGUGGAGGCGGUGGCCCAGGUGGCCCGGGCAAUCGAUUCCGUGGCGAACGCGAUGGCGAUGAUAGACGCGGCGGCAAUGGACGUAGUGGACGUGGCAGCCAGCGCAGCGAAGAGCGUGAACGUGGACCCAACAAUAAUAACAGACGUGGCUCACGCGACGACAGUAAUCGCCAGUCGAUAAGCUCCACGGAUGAGAACGCAUUGCAGGGCAAACAGUCUUCGUCGGAGCCGGAUGAUAUGAAGAAUAAGCCGGUGGCAGCGCCAUCCGUGAACAAUGUAGAAAAAUCAGCUGCUGUAGAUACCGAGGAGGACUGGGAUAGAGAGCUGCAGGAGUAUGAUGCUAGAAUGGAAGCGCAACAAGCAGCUGAAGCUGCAGCGGCUGCAGAAGCAGCAGCAACUGCUGCACCUGCUGCCGCGGCAACUGCUGCCAGUAACAGUAACAACAACAACAGUAACAACAACAAUAACAAUGAUGCCAGCUCCGUUUCGUCGUCGACCAGCUCGUCGUCGAGCAAUGCCGCCGCUGCCGCCAUCUCGCACAUUGCCAGCAAAGUUGUAUCGAAGAUAUGCGAAACAUGUAUUAAGCUGGAGGCAGAUGUUAAGAAAUAUCGUGCCGAAAUUAGCCACAUGAAGCAAAUCGAGAACGAGCUGCGCCAGAAACUGGACGUCAAUCUGACCAGUAAAUCCAGUUUGCAGGCCAAGCAGAAGGAGUGCGACGAGCUGGAGAAGCGCAUACAGGAGCUGACCAAUGCACGCCAUGCCGACAUGCUCAGUUUGCAGGCUGUGGAACGUCGCCUAAACGAGGAACGCCGCCAAAAGCAAUCUCUUGACGCCCAGCUGGCCAAUGAGAAAAAGGCACGCAAAGCUGCCGAGGAGAAGGCAGCACGGCCAGAGUGCAGCGCCCAGUGCAAGCAGCGUCGCCAGCAAAUGGAGGAAGAGUUGAAACGCGUGCGCAACGAGCUCAAGCAGACCGAAGGCGCCAUGCAGGUGGCCGUGGAUCAUGGCCGCAAAUUCGAGCAGGAGUAUCACAUGCUGGAACUGAAGGUGCAAAAUCGCGAGUCCACGCAAGCGGAUGCUGAGAUGCUGAUGAAUGCGCUGGCUACCAUGCAGGAGAAGAACACAACCCUGGAGAAGAAUCUAUCCGCAGAGACGAGAGUUAAGCUGGACUUGUUCUCGGCUCUGGGCGUGGCAAAGCGACGGCUAGAAAUAGCUGACAGUCAACGUCGGUCCAAGGAGGAUGAGGUCAUUGAUCUCAAGGCCAAGAUAGCCCAGCUGCUGGCUGUAAUGCCGGACACGCUGUGCCUGAACACGGGGCCGCAUGGUAGCGGAAGCAUGCUGCGCAUGAACGAUACACCUCCGCUACAAUCGGGCGGACCGGGCCCGUCCUCGCCCAUGCUCAGCCUGGGCGUCGCGCAAGAUUAUCAACAGCAUCAACAUCAGCAACAUCAACAGCACCAGCAGCACCAGCAGCAUCAGCAGCUACAGCAGCAGCACCAACAACACCAGCAACAGCAGCAUCAACAGCACCAGCAGCAUCAACUCCAGCAACAGCAACAGGUUGUGCCCGUUUCACAGCAGCAGCAGCAACAGCAAAUGGUGCCGGUCAGUGUGGCUGCAGCGCUGCAUGUGGUGGCCGGCAAUGUGGUCAACGGUGGUGGUGGCGGCGGUGGUCUCUCGACGCUGGAUCCAAAUGCCAGCGUCUAUACGCCCAAAACCGGCAACAUGAUGGUGGUGCCGCCGGUGAAUAUGAAUCCCAAUGGUGCGGAUGCCUGACGCCAGCAGCAUCAACAGCACCAGCAGCACUCAUCGACGUUAUCGUCGGUGAGUGCAUCAUCCUCGCAUCAGCUACUGAGACGACAAGUAUGAGAUUAUUAUAAUUUAUAUGAAACGUAACUGCAAACAGCAUCAACAUCAGCAUCUGCAUCAGCAUCAGCAACGGCAUCCGAUAGAUUUGGACUAGAGUAGUCGAUAGAUGACAAACGGCAAGUGGCAAAUGGAAGGCAGUUUGAAUAUGAUAUAAUGAAUGUCCGUACUCUAAGCAUAAGCAGUUUCCUUUAACGAACCCCCCACACAACUACAACAGUAUCACAACUCAAUGUACACCCCAUUAUCAAUUAUCAAUUUCCAUAACUCAGAAUUGUAGCCAAGAUACAUUUCGCAACGGCAGUUAGUUGAUUGUUUUCUAAAUUCCAUGAAUAUUACCCAAUUAUAUAUGCUUUUAUUUUUUGACCCAUCUCAAAAUGACCACAAAUGUCAUACAACUUAAUUAAACUAGAAUCCAAAUAUUUUUGGGAUAUAUUUAAAACGAAAUGAAAUGGAAAUUGUAUUCCUAAUGUUCGCAACCAGUUCCAGUUGUCAACUACCUUAUUUAAUCCACCCAAACUUCGCUCAUGGAAAAACAUUAACACAACACUCAUUCACUCAUACUCAUUCAUUCAUUUACACUCAUUUGGCAGACUCGUUGCGCGAGUUCUUGAUUGAUUUAAACACAUUUAAGAAAUAAGAUGAGUAAACGCGAAAGAUAAAGAAACACUAAAAAUUAAAAUAUUAAUUUGUAAUUGAAAAUGCGAACGAAUAGAUAGAAAUGAAGAAAAGAAAGAUCUGUUUACUACUUACUUUACGAAACGCUGUGAGAGUUGACCAACUUUUAGUGAUGGCUUUUGGAAUUUGGCGUGAUUUAUGCUUUUUAGCCAAAUUGUAUGCCCUCUUUCAAUGGAAUUUUUGAAGUCUGCGCCCUUGAUUUAUUAUCUCAUUAAAUUAUUUUUGUUAUAAACUUUAAUUGUACGCCUAUUAUGUAGAAUUUAACUAUUUUGAAAAACAAAACAAACAA